AUGUUUCUGGCAUAUACAGUGGUGCUCGCCGACGAAUUUAUCGAGUCCAGAGCACUGAGUCUUUGCUCCAACAGUAGGGAGUUUACAGCAACCUACUUCAACGUGAGGUUCACGCCGAAGAAUCGCACGAUUGCGUUGAGCUUUAAUGGGAAGUCAUCAAUAUCGGGCAAAGUGAUCGCAGAGUUGAUUAUCACGGUUUAUGGUUACACUGCCAUGACAAAAGUGCUGAAUCCUUGCGAGAUGGAUCUAGCAGGACUUUGCCCAGUGAGAGCCGGCGAGAUCCCGGUGAUGAACACCAAUAUCAAAAUCCCUGAUUCAGUCAUAUCACAGAUUCCUCGUAUUGCCUAUACUGUCCCAGAUCUAGAUGCAUCCGUGCGCGUUUUCAUCAACUCCUCCGACACAGGAAGAAGUAUUACUUGUCUCGAAGCGGAGCUUUCGAAUGGAAAAACGGUCUACCAGCCAGGUGUUGGUUGGACUACGGCCAUUAUAUCCGGACUAGGUCUGGCUGUUUCUGCAGUCACCUCUGCGCUUGGUCACGCAAAAGCUGCGACACAUAUAGCAGUCAAUGUUCUCUCGCUUUUUGGGUUCAUGCAGUCACAGGCAAUGUUUGGAAUGUCAUCAGUUCAUAUGCCUCCAAUCGUACAGUCAUGGACGCAAAAUUUCCAAUGGAGUAUGGGUAUUGUCCGUGUCGGCUUCUUAGAGAACUUGUGUACUUGGUACCAGCGAUCUACAGGUGGACAGCCAUCGACUAUCAUUGCAGACCGCUCCAAAAAAUCGAUUCAUAUACUCAAGAAGCGUUUUCAUGACAUUUUGGUCAAGCGAGUUGGUGGAGCAGGGGAGAAUACACAUAACAGCAUUGUCAUACGCGGCAUCCAACGUGUUGGGUAUAAGGCACGAAUCGAAUCGACCAACAUCUUUUUGACAGGCUUGAUAUUCUUCCUCUUUUUUGCCACACUUGCAAUGUUCUGUAUUGCAAUAGCCAAUGUUGGCUACAAAGUCCUCGUCAGGUCUGGAAAAGUCAAGGGUGACGAAGUGAGAUGGAAGCUUAUUACAAAGGGGAUCCUCUUCCGGGCAAUCUUAUUUGGAUACCCUCAGUUGUGCAUCCUUUCUUUGUGGGAGUUCACUCAACGUGACUCUCCUGCUGAGCUUCUCCUUGCUGCUGUCAUGCUAUUGACUACAACUUUUGCUAUUGGUUUCGCAACAUACAAGGUUGCCUCUCUUGCAAGGCAGUCGGUGAAGUUAUAUCGAAACCCAGCUUAUAUUCUCUACACAGACCCUUCCUGUCUAAAUAAAUGGGGCUUUCUAUAUGUGCAAUACCAAGCCAAGGCCUACUACUUCAUCCUACCGGCCUUCGCCUACAUGAUAGCGAAAAUCAUGUUUAUCAGCCUCAGCCAACCUGCUCCAGUGGUGCAAACCAUCGCAUUGGUGAUCAUUGAGGCUUUCAUGCUGAUUACAGUGAGCAUCUUGAGGCCCUGGAUGAAUAAGAAGACUGAUAUUUACAACAUCUCUAUUGCUGCUGUCAAUCUUGUCAAUGCGAUCUUUCUGCUUAUUUUCUCGAAUAUUUUCAGCCAGCCAGGUAUUCUAACAGGUGUGAUGGGAGUAGUAUUCUUUGCCUACAAUGCAGUUUUCUCACUUGUCCUCUUGAUCCUCAUCUUGAUUGCUUCUAUCCGCGCUGUCCUAUCAAAGAAUCCCGAUACUCGAUACCAACCAAUGAGAGACGAUCGCGAAUCGUUUAUCAGGUCACAGUCUCAACACCAAUUGAAUACUGAGUUGGAUGCCUUGGGUGCCGCUGCUCGGGGUGAAAAGCAUUUCAAUCACCAAAAUUCAACUCCAAGCCUAGUGGACACCAUUGACAGGCAUCAACAUCCUAAAGAGUCGAAUUGUGAAGAUAUUGGAGCGAACCAAACCUCGGUACGGCUUCUUUCGAAUGAUGCUUUGACAUGCCAGCCCUGCCGCAGCCAUGAUGAGAUACUUGCUAGACAAUCGCCUCAUUCAGUUGAACAAUCAUACAAUAACACCCCUACAAACGCCGACCUUGCAUCGCCUGCCGACACCCGCAGGGCUCGCAGCAGCCCAAAUCCAUGGCAAAGGGGAGCUGGAUAUGACAGAAAAAAUGAACUUUAA